AUGGAGCAAGAUUACAUCCACACGCACAACAGCACCUCCCUGCAAGGCUGUGGCUUGGGUUAUGUGCCAGUCGUCUACUACAGUUUGCUGCUCUGCCUGGGGCUGCCAGCUAACAUUUUGACAGUCAUCAUCCUUUCCCAGUUGGUUGCUCGCCGGCAAAAGUCCUCCUACAAUUACCUUUUAGCACUGGCUGCUGCUGAUUUGCUGGUGCUAUUCUUCAUUGUCUUUGUCGACUUCUUGUUGGAAGACUUCAUCUUGAAACAGCAGAUGCCAGAAAUCUUGGACAAAAUCAUCGAGGUCUUGGAAUUUUCUUCCAUUCACACCUCCAUUUGGAUUACGGUGCCUCUUACCAUUGACCGGUACAUAGCUGUCUGCCACCCCCUUAAAUAUCACAUGGUUUCCUACCCAGCUCGUACGCGGAAAGUCAUCGUAAGUGUCUAUAUCAUUUGCUUUCUGACCAGUAUCCCAUAUUAUUGGUGGCCCAACAUUUGGAAGGAGGACUACACAAGUACCCUGGUGCAUCAUGUCCUCAUCUGGAUCCAUUGUUUCACCAUCUACUUGGUACCCUGCUCCAUUUUCUUCAUCUUGAAUUCAAUCAUCGUCUACAAACUUCGACAGAAGUGCAAUUUCCGGCUGCGGGGGUAUUCCACGGGGAAAACGACGGCCAUCUUGUUUUCCAUUACCUCCAUUUUUGCCAUACUGUGGGCCCCGAGGAUUAUCAUGAUCCUGUACCACCUUUACGUCUCACCGAUACACAACAGCUGGUCUGUCCACAUCGUUUCUGACGUGGCCAACAUGCUGGCGCUCUUAAACACUGCCAUCAAUUUCUUCCUGUACUGUUUCAUUAGCAAGCGGUUCCGCACCAUGGCCGCCGCAACCCUCAAGGCCUUCUUUAAGUGCCAGAAACAGCCUGUGCAGUUUUACACAAACCAUAACUUCUCCAUAACAAGCAGUCCUUGGAUAUCGCCUGCCAACUCUCACUGUAUCAAAAUGCUCGUUUACCAAUAUGAUAAGAACGGAAAGCCUAUAAAGAUAUCACCCUGA